GAACCGUGUACAUGGGCCUCGCCCAUUUGAGGCCCAAAGUUUAAACCCGUCAUCCGUAUCCAACCGACUCAGUUUCUCGACUCUCACCCGUUUCACUCUCGCCGUCGUUGCCAACUUCUUCUUCUCUGUUUUCAUUCCAGACGAACAAAAAUGAUAAAGAGGAGAUUCUUUAAGAUUGAUCAUGGUGAUAAGGAUGGUUCCGAUCCUUCUUCUUCAUCCUCAGAUGAAGAUUAUGAUAAUCAAGUUGCUGAAGUAAGCCACGACAGUGAUAAUGAUAAUGAUAACGAUAAUGAUGAUGAAGUUAGCUCAGUAUCUUCUGGAUAUAAAAGUGAGGAUAGUUCUGCCAAUGAAAUUGAAGCAAACUCUAUUGAAGCAAACUCUGCAGGACUGCUAUCUAGUGAAGAUGAGGCUGGAACUAUAAAUGAAAGAGAAAUGCUUAUUAACAAGGAGUUGCCUAGUGAAUCUGACUCUGAAAAGCCUAAUGUUAUGGCUGAAACGAAACCCCUAUCAGCAGAUAUACCAACCACCUAUGUCUUAAAAUUCAAAUCAGUUUUUAAGUGCAGGAUAUGUCCUCGGAUUAUAUGUUUGACUGAGGACACUUUGCGGAAUCAUCUUCAAUCAAAGAGACAUGCUCGAUCUGAAAAACUACAUAGGGAAGGUAGACUGAAGGCCAUUCUCAACAGUGAUGGUGAAAUAGAGGACCUAGAGGUCUCAGAAGAUGAAUCCGAGGAUACUGAGAAGAAUGACAAAGGACCAAAGCUGCACAAGAAGAAAUUUAAAAAGCACAAAAAAGAGGUUGCAGAGAUCCAAACCGAUGAUACUGAGGAUAAUACGACGAAGAAUGAAAAAGGAUCGAAGCUGCAUAUGAAGAGAUUGAGAAAUAAGAAAAAUGACAACGGAAACUCAAGGAGGAAAAUGCGAUCAGCAAAAGGGUCAUCCAAGAGAAACCGCAGAAAAUGAGAACUAGGCUAUUCUUGUGUUAAGCAUUCUGUCGAGUGAAUUUUCCCGUUACUACCAUUUGCCUUCCUGUGCAAAGUAGAUGUAGUCUAAUGUAUGCUACAUAUUAGCCUUUUUGAACUCUCAUCUUGAUCUCGUCAACAAUUUCCUGCUUUUCCUUUCCCUUUGGAUUGGGAUUGUUCACUACUGCCCUCCCCUUACUAUAAUUAAUUUCUGAUAGCAUUUGGAUUUUUUCUUCUUCUCAGAACAUAUUAGUGUAACUUUAUUUGUAAAAGAUAUUAAUAUGAUUAUGAUAUAUGAGGUUAAAUUUUGAUGUGUUUUG